AUGCCACUGAGAUUGGAUAUCAAGAGGAAGCUGACGGCUCGGUCGGACCGCGUCAAGUGUGUAGAUCAGCAUCCUACAGAACCCUGGCUGUUAUGCUCACUCUACAGCGGCGACGUCAAUAUCUGGAAUUAUGAAACUCAUACACAAAUCAAGAGAUUUGAGGUCUGUGACUUGCCUGUGAGAGCUGCAAAAUUUGUGCCUCGAAAAAAUUGGGUUGUCACUGGUUCAGAUGAUUAUCAAAUAAGAAUAUUUAAUUAUAACACAUUGGAAAGAAUUCAUAAUUUCGAGGCCCAUUCUGAUUAUGUCAGAUGCAUCAUUAUUCAUCCUACACAACCUUAUAUUUUGACAAGCAGUGAUGACCUACUAAUUAAGCUGUGGAACUGGGAUCGCAACUGGGCCUGUCAGCAGGUGUUUGAAGGCCAUACCCAUUAUGUGAUGCAAAUUGUUAUCAAUCCAAAAGACAAUAAUACAUUUGCUAGUGCCAGUCUUGACACUACAGUAAAGGUAUGGCAACUAGGUUCCUCAAUCUCGAAUUUCACAUUAGAAGGACAUGAGAAGGGAGUAAACUGUGUGGAUUACUAUCAUGGAGGUGACAAACCUUACCUUAUCAGUGGAGCUGAUGAUCGUCUUGUAAAAAUUUGGGAUUAUCAAAACAAAACUUGUGUGCAGACACUUGAAAGUCAUGUCCAGAAUGUAUCAGCGGUUUCUUUUCACCCAGAAUUGCCAGUAUUGCUGACAGGGUCAGAGGAUGGUACAGUGAGAAUAUGGCACGCUGGCACCUAUAGAUUAGAAUCCUCUCUCAAUUAUGGGUUUGAACGUGUCUGGACCAUAUCAUCUAUGCAUGGUUCCAAUAAUGUUGCUAUUGGUUAUGACGAAGGUACAAUAAUGAUAAAAGUGGGCAGAGAGGAGCCAGCUAUAUCAAUGGAUGUUAAUGGUGGUAAGAUCAUAUGGGCGAAGCAUUCUGAAAUGCAGCAGGUCAACCUGAAAGCUUUGCCGGAAGGCACAGAGAUAAAGGAUGGUGAGCGUGUACCAGUUGCGGCAAAGGAUAUGGGUUCCUGUGAAAUUUACCCCCAAACAAUAGCACACAACCCCAAUGGACGCUUUGUAGUGGUCUGUGGAGACGGAGAAUAUAUUAUUUACACUGCCAUGGCCCUCAGGAACAAGGCUUUUGGAACAGCCCAGGAGUUUGUAUGGGCUUUGGAUAGCACCGAGUAUGCGACGCUGGAGAAUUCCAGUACUGUUAAAGUGUUCAAGAACUUCAAAGAGCGAAAAAGCUUCAAGCCGGAGUAUGGAGCUGAAGGUAUCUUUGGCGGUUUCAUGUUGGGGGUCAAAUCUAUUAGCGGCAUGGCGUUCUCUUUCUAUGACUGGGAACAGCUAGAACUCAUUAGAAGAAUCGAGAUCCAACCACGUCAUGUGUUUUGGUCGGAAAGCGGUAACCUGGUCUGUCUGGCCACAGACGAAUCGUACUACGUACUGAAGUACAACCCCGCGAUAGUGACACGCGCGAGAGAAACCAACUCCAACAUAACCGAAGAUGGUAUCGAAGAUGCAUUUGAAGUUGUAGGAGAAGUAAAUGAAACGGUGAAGACUGGUCUAUGGGUGGGUGACUGCUUCAUCUACACCAACUCUGUGAACAGGAUAAACUACUACGUCGGCGGAGAGAUUGUGACCAUAUCACAUCUCGAUCACACUAUGUACAUUCUAGGUUAUGUUGCUAAGGAAAAUAGGUUAUACCUAAACGACAAAGAGCUGAACAUCGUCUCGUAUUCCUUACUUCUGCCCGUACUGGAGUACCAGACGGCGGUGAUGCGAGGCGACUUCGAGACGGCCGACCGGGUGCUGCCCACCGUGCCGCACGACCACAGGACUAGAGUGGCCCAUUUCCUUGAGAAACAGGGAUUCAAACAACAAGCCCUGGCGGUGUCAACGGAACCAGAACACCAGUUCGAGUUGGCUCUGUCCCUCGGUGAGCUGAACAGGGCUAAGCAGUUGGCUGAGGAGGCAGCCCUGGCGGAGGGAGUGGAGGGAGUGGAAGGAGUCUCCAGGUCCUCAGCAGCAAGGUGGUCAAGACUUGGAGCAGCAGCAGCCAUCGCAGCAGACACAGAUCUAACCAAAAUAUGCUAUCAGAACGCUAGGGAUUUCAGUGCAUUGCUACUGUUUGCUGUUAGCACAGGUGACAAGGCGCUGCUAGAAGAAGUAGCCCGCAUGUCCGCGGCCGAGGGAGAAGAUAAUAUAGCGUUUGCCUCGUACUUCACACUGAACAAUCUUAAUGAGUGCCUGGAAUUACUUAUCAAACGUAAUAAACUGCCUGAAGCCGCCUUCUUUGCCAGAUCGUACAUUCCGUCUAAAAUGAGUGAAGUGGUGAAGCAAUGGCGGGAAGCUGUCGGUGCCACCAACAAGAAGUCCGGCCAAUCGCUCGCUGACCCGCAGCAGUAUGAGAAUUUGUUCCCGGAGUUUACAGAGUCCUUAGUAUUAGAGAGAUUCCAGCGCGAAUUCAGCUUUUCAUAUCACUCCAAGCUGGAGAACCUUCCAGAAAACUCCAAGAUAUGCAACAUUGAGAGAGACCUGGCCCAAGAGAAAGCGGACAUAGAGAGCAGGGGCCUGUGGGAAGUUACACCAGUCCAAAGUACAUCAAGAACAUACGCGAUACUAGACAGUACCGAGUCCCCGGAGCCCAAGCGCAAGGACUCGCUCGACAUAAUGGACGAGUUGGAACGUGAAAUAGACGAUAUUGUGUUGGGAGAAAACAUUAACGACCUGGACUUGUCGGACGAUGCGGAUUUAAUCGAU